UUUGGGUUUUCGGCAAUUUAGAAAAUAUUGUGAGUCUAAGUCUAAGCAUAUUCCCACUACAUUUGCCCCCUUUUGUUUCGAUUCUCUUCUGGAAGCUUCGGCGUCGGCUACAGCGAUGGCGUCGUUCGAUGAAGCACCUCCCGGAAACUCUAAGGCUGGUGAGAAGAUCUUCAAGAUGAAGUGCGCUCAGUGCCACACCGCUGAAAAAGGUGCUGGCCACAAGCAAGGACCCAAUCUGAAUGGUUUGUUUGGAAGGCAAUCUGGCACAACUCCCGGAUAUUCAUAUUCUGCAGCUAACAAGAACAUGGCUGUGAUUUGGGAGGAAAAGACCUUAUAUGAUUACUUGCUUAAUCCCAAAAAGUAUAUUCCUGGGACGAAGAUGGUGUUUCCUGGUCUUAAGAAGCCUCAGGAUCGUGCUGAUCUUAUUGCAUAUCUCAAAGAAUCCACUGCAUGAUGAUUAAAUUUUCAUACAUUCAGUUAUGCAUUGUGCUUUUGAAGUUCUGGAGAUUUAAUUUUCAGAUAUUUGAUUCUGUGGUGCAGUAAGUACUGUAUCAUGGCAAAUAAAGUAGACUUGAUUGGUUUGCAAUGCUAUUUUGUUCAUUUUGCAUUGCUUCUUGAGAGUUUGCCAUAUAUUGGCUGGACUAAUGCUCAAUUAAAUUAGCUGUUGAAAGUUGAAACAUACUUAUCAAUAUUUAGUUAAUUGGAAGAACACUAUAGUCUUUCUUUGCAGGGUAUGUGGAUUC